GAAUAAAAAGUUAUGGAUGAGCAAAGCCGAAAAUCUGUGUGCGUGCAUUCUAAUUUCUACAGAAUUGUUAAAAGUACAGUAUAUGACAGGUGCAUACUAUAAAACGGCUAAUCAAAAAGAUUUCACCAUCAAUUCCGCGUAUGAUCAGCAACUGGGAAAAUGGCGCAACCCAUCUUGAACAUUGUCGUCGUGGGAGAUGGAGCCGUUGGAAAAACUUGCCUCUUGCAUAGCUAUACGGAUGAGUCGUUCAAAAAUUUCUAUCAACCGACAAUCUACGACAAAGAAAGUUUCGACAUUACAAUCGAUGGGGUACUGGUGACCGUACAGUUGCAUGACACAGCUGGACAGGAAGAUUACGACAGAAUCCGGCAGCAGUUUUACAAAAAGGCGAAUUGUUUCCUGCUCUGUUACAGUAUUAACAAUCGUGUUUCGUUUGAGAACAUUCCCUCCAAAUGGUUUCCCGAAAUAACAGCCAACCAGAGGGUUCCGAUCGUGUUAAUAGGUACCAAGUCGGAUCUGAGGAAAGAAUCGGGCAGCCAGGUGCCAACGUCCGAGGGACAUAAGCUGGCGCGUACCAUCAAUGCCAAUUCUUUUGUAGAAUGUUCGGCCAAGGAGAACCUCAACGUGAAGCUGGCCAUCGAGCAAGCCGUCCGGGCCUGUGUCGAUGGGGUGCCGGAGGUGAUCGAGGAGCCAAUCUGUUACGGUAUCUGUCGCAGCUGUUCCUGUAGUCUGAUGUAGAGGGAUUAUGUUAGUUAGAGAAUUUCAUAAACGUAAGGCUAAACCAGAUCGAGGGCUCAAUAAAAUCGGUAUUAAUUUAA